AUGAAAUCUAGGGUCGAGGACCACCUUAAUGAAAUUCGCCAGCUUGCGCCAAAAAACUAUUGGAGAUACUGUCCCAGCGAUCAAAAUCCGAGUGAUAUUGCAUCUCGUGGUAUCAAGUGUACAAAAAUUGUUGAAAAUGAACUUUGGUGGUUAGGGCCUAAAUUUUUAAGGAGUUCAGAGGCCACGUGGCCAAACGUGUUGAGUUACGAUAUUGCAAAAAAAGGCAUGAGUAACGAGUUAAAUGAAUUAAAGGGGACAAAUAAAGAAAGCGUGAUGGCUUUAUUGGUUUAUACUAAAAGUAAACCUUCAUUGAAAUUACAGGAUUUGAUUCAGUGCGAGCGGUACAGUAGUUUACAACGUCUCCUUCGUGUUACUGCAUAUAUUCUCAGGUUCAUAAAGAAUUUAAAAUCCAAAUUGAAUCAAGACUCAAUUGAAACGAAGCAAAUGUUGUCUCUGGAUGAAAUCGAGAAAGCUCGUGAGCUUUGGAUUAACGAGGUUCAAAGUUACAUUCCUCAAGAAACGGAUUUUGAGAAAUCGAGCAACUUGCUUGGAUUAUUUUAUGACGAUAAAGGCAUAAUUCGGUGUAAGGGACGAAUCGAAAACGCGGAUCUUCCGUAUGAAACGAGAUUUCCAAUAUUGUUGCCUCGUAAGCAUCAUUUCACGGAUUUGGUUAUUUGGGAAUCCCAUAUAAUUGUCAAACAUAACGGGCUACGUGAGACCCUAAAUGAAGUACGAGCGUCGUUUUGGAUCAUUAAGGGCCGACAGAAGGUGAAGAAAAUAAUUUCGAAGUGUGUACAUUGUAAAAAGAUAGAAGGUCGAGCGUACGGUACACAAGUGGCACCGGCACUGCCAGAGUUUCGAGUUUCAGACACUUAUGCGUUUUCAAAAAUUGGAGUCGAUUUUGCCGGACCGCUUUACGUCAAAGACAUCUAUGCUAAGGACACAAAUAUGAAUAAAUGCUAUAUUGCUCUAUUUACUUGUGCAAAUAGUCGCGCGGUACAUCUCGAGCUUGUACCUGAUCUCGAAGGAGAAUCGUUUAUACGUUGUUUAAAGCGUCUUAUUGGUCGCCGAGGGAUACCUUCUCUUAUCGUAUCUGAUAACGGGAAAACAUUCAAGGAUGCGAAAGUUCACAGCUUUAUUCAUAGCAGACGUGUUCAGUUUGAAUGGAAGUUUAACGUUCCCCUGGCCAGUUGGUGGGGUGGUUUUUUUGAAAUAUGUGUGCGUCUGGUCAAAAGAUGUCUCAAGAAAUCUUUGGGUAACGCGAAAUUAACUUAUGAGGAACUGGAAACAGAACUUAUUGAAAUUGAAGGAGUUCUCAAUUCUCGUCCGUUAACCUAUGUGUAUAAUGAAUUGGGUGAAGUCCCAUUAACACCAGCUCAUCUUUUCAUGGGACGAAGACUUCUCGAUCGAACAUCGUGCGGGGAAGAAGAAACGGGCUCAGAAGUUUUGAAGCUGAGUAAACGUUCCAGGUACUUAGCGUCAGUCAUAGAUAAAUUUCGAAAAUCUUGGAAAAGAGAAUAUCUCACGUCAUUACGUGAGUUUCAUAAUUGCGGAAAACAGACAACUUUGGGUAUCAACAUUGGUGAUAUCGUAUACGUACACGAAAGUAAAUUACCACGCCAACGUUGGCGAAUGGCGAAAGUAACAAAAUUACUACCGGGAAAGGACGGUGUCGUUCGUGCAGUAGAGUUACUUACAAGUAACAGUGCAAAGAAGCAUAUAACAAUAAAACGUCCUAUACAAAAGUUAUAUCCGAUCGAGAUUCGUAGUUCAUCAGAAGUGACUGAACAAGAUUCCGAAGAACCUCAAAUUACUAUCGUUCGUGAUCAAGACGUACCAGAGAUCAUUGUAAAUAAAACUUGUUGA